GUCUGCUGCUAGCGGUUGGUGGGGCUCGCGCCUGGGUGUGCUGCCGCGGGAGGAACCCAGGUCCCGGGCCGAGGCUGCCCCGGGGAUGGUUUUAGUCGGCACAAACAUGGCUGCGGCCCUGCGAUCUGCAGGCGUCCUGCUCCGCGAUAGGCUGGUAUAUGGUGGCUCAAGGGCCUGUCAGCCACGGAGGUGCCAGUCAGGUGCAGCCACAGCAGCAGCCACCACAGAAACAGCCCAACGUGCCAGAAGCCCCAGAUCUCAAGUUCAGCCGGGGAACAGGAAGCCGAAAACUGGAAUAUUAAUGCUGAACAUGGGAGGCCCGGAAACUGUCGGAGAAGUUCACGACUUCCUUCUGAGGCUCUUCUUGGAUCGAGACCUCAUGACACUUCCUGUUCAAAAUAAGCUGGGACCAUUCAUUGCCAAACGCCGAACCCCCAAAAUUCAGGAGCAGUACCGCAGGAUUGGAGGCGGAUCCCCCAUCAAGAUGUGGACUUCUAAGCAAGGGGAAGGCAUGGUGAAGCUGCUGGAUGAGUUGUCCCCGCACACAGCCCCUCACAAAUACUAUAUUGGAUUCCGGUAUGUCCACCCGUUAACAGAAGAAGCAGUUGAAGAGAUGGAGAGAGAUGGGCUGGAAAGGGCGAUUGCUUUCACACAGUAUCCACAGUACAGCUGCUCUACCACAGGCAGCAGCUUAAAUGCCAUUUACAGAUACUAUAAUGAAGUGGGCAAGAAGCCCACGAUGAAGUGGAGCACGAUUGACAGGUGGCCCACUCACCCCCUCCUCAUUCAGUGCUUUGCCGACCACAUUCUGAAAGAACUGGACCAUUUUCCACUUGAGAAGAGACGCGAGGUGGUCAUUCUUUUUUCUGCUCACUCACUGCCAAUGUCUGUGGUCAACAGAGGGGACCCCUAUCCUCAGGAGGUGGGCGCCACUGUCCAGAGAGUCAUGGAUAAGCUGGGUCACUCCAAUCCCUACAGACUGGUUUGGCAGUCCAAGGUUGGCCCGAUGCCCUGGCUGGGUCCUCUGACAAACGAGGCCAUUAGAGGGCUUUGUGAGAGGGGGAGGAAGAAUAUCCUUUUGGUCCCGAUAGCAUUCACCAGCGAUCACAUUGAAACGCUGUAUGAACUGGACAUCGAGUACUCUCAAGUUCUAGCCAGUGAGUGUGGGGUUGAAAACAUCAGAAGAGCAGAGUCUCUUAAUGGAAAUCCACUGUUCUCGAAGGCCCUGGCCGACUUGGUGCACUCACACAUCCAGUCCAACGAGCGCUGCUCCACGCAGCUGACCCUGAGCUGCCCGCUCUGCGUGAAUCCCGCGUGCAGGGAGACCAAGUCCUUCUUCAGCAGCCAGCAGCUGUGACCCCGCCAGAGCAACGCUGGGAUUUGGCAGGUGCCCAGCCUCCAGACGCCUCCGAGGUGGAGGAGGAUGUAUUUAGCAUUAGGGAGGGAGUUACAUUGGUGUGGGCGUAGCCUUGGGCCACAAAUUGUGUACCUUCUUGAGGAAUGGACUCUGAAAUCCUUACUGAGGGGUAUUUUUAUAGACCAAUACAGUGAGCGUUUAUAGUUCCCCUCUCAGUGAAACCGCAUCAGGUGUAGGUUCCAAAAGUGCUUUGAGAUUCCCCGGGCACGCGGGGCUGAUAAACGUGUAGCAGUCCUGCAUUUGUCAUCCCCACCUUGGUGCCACAGGAGGGGGGGCUGGAAAUGCUACGGAAGGGCUGCACGUCCAGGGCUCCUCUCAGGACCUCGUGGACCUUUCCACUGAGCAUCUUCUUCAUCUUGGUUGAAUGUCCCCUUUCCGCACAUUUGUUUGAAGAUUUAUUUUAUAAGGUCAACUAUGUUUGGUAACCUCAAAUUCUUAAUCUACAAUUUUUAUUAUAAAAAUUAUAUAACCAUGCUCUAGGAAAUUUAAAAAAUAGAGAAAAGGAAAAUAACCACUCUAAUGCAGCAAGUAUUAUUCAUAUUAUUGUAUUUCAUGUUAGUCUUUUCCUGUGGCUAUUUUAGAUGCCAUUAUAACCUUGAAUUUGUGAGUGAAAAGUUGUCCUAAAAUGUAGAAAUAAUGUAGGAUCAGAGUCAGAUCUUCUAUACCUGGAUUUAUAUGGAUUUAAAAAAUCUCUGAUGGAUCCAUAGUGGAUUUGUAAUAAUUACUUUCUCUUUCCUUUAAGCCUUACAACUUUGUUCUUCUAAAGUGCAUUUCUUUUUUUUUUUAAGCCAGUGAAAGUAUUAGUGGAGUCAUAGAUCUUCUAUAUUCAGUAUUUACUAUAUUAAUAAAUAUGACAUCAUUAAGGUUUUAACCAGUCUGAUUCAUUCUCUCUGUUAAACCAAAAGUAAUCCAAAUUCAUUGCUAAUCAAAAUUAUUAAAUAAGAGGAAUUUACUUUGUAGUACAAGAAAAGAAACAUGCCAUCCACGUUAGUUAAUAGUUUUCCCACACUGAUAACAGCUCUGAAAUUUGAGUAGCAUCUACGCUUUUUUUUUUCCAAAUUGGCUUUCCUUUUAGUAGAUUGUGUUUCCAGAAGAGGGUACAAGGCAUAGACAGUUGUUUAGAAUUUUCCUCUUCUGUUUCCACUCACUUUGGCGGGACUAGGUUCAAGGUAGGCUUUGAGUGACCUUGGCAGGAUGGGGUAAGGAGCAACUUGUGUGUUAGCCAGAGGGCAGAGUUUAAAGCUGGCGGCCAUAAGAAAGAACUAACACCUGUGUGUGUACGCGUGCGCUGGUGUGUAAGCCUAGAGCCCUUGACUGCACUCUUGGUACUGCAUCUCUAAGCUCUCAACCCAGCCUAUAAAACCCCUUCUGUCGGAUCCUGAAGAUGGCCCAGGAACAUGCUUCCCAACAUUGGGUGGAAAUGGGAAAUUCGUUGAGAUGUUGCAAGCUGGAAAAAGAAAAUUCUGAGUUGACCCCAAAACUAGUGUCCUAAAUUAAGAUCGUUCAGUUUCUCCGUCUUAAUAUGGGAAUCCUCAGAGAAAGACAAAAGCUAAUCUUUUCUUUCCUUAUUUCUAAAAAUUAUAAAAUUAAAAACAUUUCAUCAAGGUUGUACCCUUUUGGGUACAACCAAAUUUACAUGUAUUUACAAAUACAAUGAUAUUUGUAAAUAUCAUUCCUAGGAGUGUUGUUCUAAUUGCCUAAUAAUUGAGAUUCCAUUGUAAAAAACCCCUUCAGUAACUUCUCCCAGUCCAGGUGGCUUUCUGUGACAUUCAGCUUUCUUUUUAUAGAAGCUAGCAUCAUAAGGUUUCAGGGAAUGUACAUCACAUGAAUUAAACCUGAAUAUCGGAUGGCUCAAGAAACCUGAAUUCUGCUUAAAUCAUUGCCAGUUGAAAUAUUUAAUCAUGUCAUAAUUAUAUUGAAGUUUUGUGUGCUUGCUUUCUAACAUUCCUGGUUAAUUCAAACAGUGACACCUGAAAACUUGAUCUUUUUUUUUUUUUUCGCUAGAUUUCUUCCAGCUGGACAGUUGUGUGGUAUGACUAUUAUCUAAUCUUUGCCUUAAAAGGCAUGCUUCUUUUCACAAUACACUUAUUCUGGAAAGUAUAAAGUGUGCCAAGCUAUAAGGCACCGAGGUGAGUGGUGGGUACCGGUGGGCACUCAAGAGAAAGAAGCUGAUGCUGUCGAUAAUCGCUGCAUGGCACCAAUAGGACAAGCAACAGCAGUGGGCGCCCUUUAGCGGAACCGUGGCUCCCAGCGUGAGAUGAGUCUCAGGAGGGCUCUGGGGAGUGGGUGACCUCCAGAGAACACAUUCACAAUCUAGGCUCCCAGGAGAGGAAGAAGUGCUUCUGCUUUUGCUGUGGGAAUCUUAUUAAGCCUUUCUACAGGGACGAGGAAGUGGAAAACAAAUGCACCCGUGAUAAUCAGUUUCUUACAAUACACUCUGAUGGUGUCGGCUUAGUCGUUUUUAGCUGAAAUCAUUAGCUUCCAUUUUUAGCAUUAACAGCUCCUGGCUAAAUUAGUCUACAGUAAGCCAUUAGGAGGGAUGUUGGAAUUAGAAACAUUUUUGGAAAAAAGCCUGGUUUGAACCUGUGUUAUAAGCCCUUGGGCAGGAGUCUCCGGGUCCUGUUUCUGGUUGUUUGACAGCUGUCACUCUGACAUGCCAGGUGCUCUCUCAGCAGCCUGCUCCUGAAAUGAAAUCGUGCAGGCCGGCUUUUUUCCUUCCACUCUCCCCAAGGGGUUGAAGCUUUACUUUCCUGACAUAUUAAGAAAUAAUAGAUUUUACCCUGAGAAUUCAUGAGGUAUUUUUACCUUUUCCUUAUUUAAAAAAAAAUUACAUACAUGAGAUGGGAUUAACUGCACAGGCAUACAAGCAGGGGCUUGCUGGCCAAUUGUUAAAAUUUCAGGUUGUUACACAUAGCAAUCAUUAAAAGUGUUCUAUCUUACAGUUUAAUUAUAUUUUAAAAAGUAACAAAUACUCAAAAAUCAUUUCCCUAUUAUUUUACUAUAUUUUAUCAUCUUUAUUCUAGAGGUUAUUUAUGUUUAUGAUACCUAUGUGGUGAAAAUACUAUAUAAUGAUGAGCUACUGUACGUCUCCAGCUUUGUUCAGUGACCGUGUUGGUAGCUUGAAAUUGGCUACAGUAGGGCCAUUUACGUUUGGAAAUCAGCAAAUACUACAACUUAGGGCUUCCUUGAUUGUUUUGUUGAUUACCUAGACUUAAAGUGGUGGAAAAAAUGUUCAUACAUAUUAAAAGUUGUCAUGUCUCUAGCCAUUACAUCGUGAAUAGCGCAAAAAUUUGAGGAAAUAUCCUCCCAUUACGUGAAAACUAAUAGCCGAUUUAUCCCCGUGAAGUUUUGAUAUACAAAGUUGUUUUACAUUUGUGUUACUCGUUAAUGUAAAUAAAAACAUCAGCAUUCACGUCAGAACUAUAUAGGUUGGCUACAGAUGCAAGAGCUUGAUAAAAGUCAACAAAAGCAUUCUUUGAGAAUUAAUUGAUUAUAUGGAAUUUACAGUAAAGAGAAUUAUGUAUUUUAUUAUUACUUGUAAAUUGUGCAUCCUGUAUCUUUUAUACUGGUAAAAGUUAUA